AUGUCUAGCAACUCGACGCAUCCAUUCCGCCUCCAGGAUCUUCCUGUGGAUAUCAUCUUUAUCAUCAUAAAUUAUCUGGAGCUGUGCGACUUGUUCCUUCUCUCGCAGACUUCCGGAGCUAUGCGAUAUUUCGCAAAAAGAGACUGGAAAGCCGAGAUUAACAAUAAAGGCUUGAAACAUAAACUCGAUUUCCUUUCUAGCCUUGCCUACGCCUUGCCAGAUCGCUGGGUGUGUGGAUACAGCGUUUGUCUUUGCGAAGUCGAUCCCCACGAUGUCCCGGCCGCAAACCCGUUCCCAUGGGACGACGACAUGGCGCCGGAUUGGCGUGGCUCAUACAAGCUCCAGCCUCACCAUGUGCAGUUGGCCUUGAAUUACGAUCGUCUUGGCGGAGUGUAUGAAACCACACUCAAGAAAAUGAUUCUUUCUACUAACAAGACAACCUACGAAGAUACGCCGGGAGGGUCAUACAUCAAAUACACGGCAGCGCCCGCAAUUAUCGGUGACUGCUUUCACCUUCUUGAAACUUGGGAAAUGAACGCGAAAGAGAGUUUAGCCUCCAACCAUAAAUGGAAUACACCUAUCCUGUUUGACGUGUGUCCACACACAUACAUCCUUGGUCGCGCAAUGAAAGAUCCGUGCUACAAUAUGGGGCUGUACGACUGGUUUUUGUAUGGAGAAUACGUGGAUGGGAUAUCGGCGAGGCCACCGCCAAAGUCGCCACCAGGACGCAGACAAAUAGGUGCAUGUGCGUUCUGUUGCACGACCUACAAUUUCUUGAUCAUUGACGCGGAACAUAUUGAGGUGAAAGCGUUGCACGAUUACGGUUCGUUCAGUCCACCUGAUAACAAUCUUUGGAGAAGACGAUAUCCAAAUCAGUUCAGUCCCGAUGAUUGGGAACCCUUCAUUGGAUUCCGUAUCAGGAUAUAUUCAUUCCACGGGUUGAUCGAUUUCCAACUAGAAAACCUCGAUGAUUCAACUGAUGACGGACGUCUCGACAAAUACCAUAUCGAGCGGUUUGCCAAACCCGAAUUUAGGCGCCCUACUUAUCUCUCUGUUGCUCGGAGAUCAGUUGAUCCUGAGUAG